AUGAGCGAGACCAGGCUGACUCGUGAGUUGGCGAGUGCACGAUUAAAGGACCUCGCUGAGAUGAAGAAAAGACUGGACAAGAUGCGCGUAAGCCUGGAGAAGAUAACGGAAGUCCAGAUCGAGUGUCUAGCACGUAUUGAAGAGGAAGAGGAACCUAGCUAUCAGUUGGCGGCAGCUUUGAUUGACGGAGAUGGUGUUGGCGAUGGAUUUCUAUCGUUCGGCAUACUUCUGGAAAUGGCAGUGAACAGACUGACGCAGUAA